AUGUCUAAGGUAGAUUCCAAUUUUGCACUGAAAGUCCAAGACAUGUUUUCAACCAAAUCUUUGUUCAAACAGUGCGUACAAGCCAUUGCUUUUAAAAAUAAUUUCCAAUACGUUACUGUGAAAUCGAACAAGGAAGUUAUGAUUUUGCAAUGUGCCAUUGAACAUUGCAAAUGGUCCUUGCGUGCUUCUUGUUGUAUUCAUGGGGAUAGGUCAUUAUGGGUUCUUACUAGGUUUGAUUCUGAGCAUACAUCUGGUUCUGAAUUGUCAACUCUCAAAGAUAUAGUUCAUUUCAUUCGUGCUGAACAUGGUUUAAAUAUAUCCUACCAAAAAGCAUGGUGUGCUCGUGAGGCUGCAUUAGAUAACAUUCGCAGAUCUCCAGAGGACUCCUACAAGAUGUUACCCAGAUUUGCAUACAUAUUGGAACUCAACAACCAGGUAUAUUUGCAAUAUACAUGUUCUGUUGUUGAAUACAAAGUUGAUACUGAUAGUAGAUUUCUUUACUUCUUCAUGUCAUUAUCUGCUUCAAUUUCUGGUUGGCAACAUUGUUGUCCAGUCAUUUCUAUUGAUGGAACAAGUCUGAAAAAUAAGUACGAUGAUACUUUGUUAUCUGCUUCAACACCUGAUGCCAAUGAUCAGAUUUUUCCAUUAGCCUUUUGUGUUGUGGAUUAUGAGAAUGAUUUCUCAUGGACCUGGUUUUGCAACUAA